GGCGACGUUCAGCUUUCAAACUGUUUCAAACUGCCAAUGCAGCGUACGUUGGCUUGCGCUAGCGUACGAAUAUACCGUCAUAUGAAUUGAUUAUUUCAUCAACGUGCUGUGGUGAUCGUGAACUACAUUUUGCCCGAGUGAAUGGCUUGUCAGUAAAAUAUAAGUUCAUCGAGAAAACGGUUAUAAUACAGAUCAAAAUGUUAUCACUUGUGGCAGCCUACGAUGAGUUGAUGAGGAACACGAAUUACUUAAUCUAUGAGUCCCGUGAAGAAGAAUUUGUAAAAUUUGCCUUAAACCAAGAGGAGAUGAGACAAAAAUGGUUGGCAUCGGUACAGGAAUGUCAACGACUUCAUGCAUCUUUGGAUGAAGCUCGUAAUGAAAAUGCAACACUUGAUAGAAAACUGCGUCAUGCUAGAAGGAACUUGGAAGAAGAGAGUCGCAAACGUCGUACUGUGGAGGAACGAAAGAAUUUUUUGGAAAGACAAAUUGCUACAGCCGGAAAAUUUUUAUUUACUGACGGACGAUGUAAUCUAAAUGAUGAAACUAGGGAAAAACUGCAGUUUCUUAAUAAUACUACUCUGAAUCAUCAAAGUAACACAUAUACUCAAGAUGCGUACAUGGAUAAACUUAACACAAUAACAGAACUGGACUCCACAGGCUCAAUAUUAAGCGAUCUUAAUUGCCUAUCAAAAUCAGAAGAUGACUUGGAAACUAGUGCUAUUUUGCAGAAACACAGAAAGCGAGAAUGGAAAGAACAUCGACCUAGCGGUGAAUACAUCCCAAAGCAACGUCGCAGUGCAUUGCACAAAAUUACAGAACUAAAUUCUUCUGACAAAAUAGUGGCAACUACUACUGUAGUUAUGCCAAAAGAUGGCACAAUUACUGCAUCAUCUACGAUUGAAGCUGUACCUGGUGAUGAAAAUGCAGAUCCUCAGAUGUUACACAACUCACGCAAGCGGCGUAGAAGUAGUACAAAUCGUAACAAAUCAAAAUUGUCGCACAUAGAAGUGAACGAAAUGCCAAUUGAUACAGCGCCAUCGGCACCAGCAAAGGCUGAUGUUCUUACAUCAACUUCAGACUCAGAAGACAUCUUCAAACCAAGUCCAAAUAUUGGUGGAUAUACUUUAAAUACCAAAAUGUCUAGGAGUCACAAUUUUGUAGCCAAAACUGUUAUUAGGCCAGAAAUGUGCACACCUUGUGGUAAAAGAAUCCGAUUUGGAAAGAUUGUACAGAGGUGCAGAGAAUGCAGGGCUACAGCUCAUACUGAAUGUAAAGAUUUGGUGCCGUUGCCAUGUGUUCCAACAGGAAAUACACCCACAUUACGUGGUAUACCUGGCACCAUAGCUGAUUAUACGCCAUUGACAUCACCGAUGGUACCUUCCAUCGUAGUUCACUGCAUUAAUGAGGUUGAAUUGCGUGGAAUGAACGAACAAGGUUUGUACAGAGUAAGUGGAUCAAUAGCAGACGCCAAGAGUCUCAAGGAAAAGUUUCUGAAAGGCAAAGGUGCUCCAAAUCUUUCUAACGUCGAUAUUGCGACCAUCUGCUCUACUCUGAAAGAUUUCCUCAAAUCAUUGCGCGAACCGCUAAUCACUGUCUGCUUGUUGGGAGACUUUGUGCGCGCAACAACGAUAACGGAUAAACAAGAUGCCGAUGCCGCUCUUUAUCAGGCAAUCUCAGAACUGCCGCAACCAAACCGAGACACUUUGGCCUUUCUGAUGUUACAUCUACAGAGAGUAUCGAGCAGUCCUGAAUGUAAAAUGCCUAUCAGUAAUCUCGCCACUGUCUUUGGGCCAACUUUGGUUGGUUACAGUUCCCCGGAACCAUCUCUCAUUAUGUUAAGUGAAACAAAACAUCAAGUUGCGAUAGUAGAAAAUCUACUUCAAAUUCCAUCCGAUUAUUGGGCUACUUACGUGAACCCUACAAAUUCGAAUGACGCUUGUACUCCAAAAGUGGGGGAGUUAAGACAUACACCAUCUACAGAAUCGCUUCUUAAACGCAGUACUUCCCGUUUCUUCAAUACGCCACUUACUUCCAGCCGCACUUUUGCGAAAAGAAAUAAGAAAUAUUUUGCUACACCGCCUUCUAGAGCAGGAUUCUAAUAAAUGAAUUUACUUUUGUUAUACUAUAACAGUUUAUAUAAUUAUAUAGAAAUAUUUGGUCUAAUAUUUAACAAACUUUAUGUGUAGUCUUUUGUAGAUAUAUUGCUAUAUAAUAAAUAUUGCCGAAUGGUUGAUUAAUUUGUUUUCUAACGCAAAAGUCGUCGAUGAAGAACAAAGGUGCAAACACGUUCCGCAAAGGCCGAAUCUCUAAUAUGUCGUUUUCCACAAAAACGAGGCUUUCCCAUCUUUGAGAAAUAGCUGACAUGAUCUUCGUGAAGAUAGAAGCAAGGAUUCGAUGCUUUCAAUUUCGACAAUUUUUGUGUGACAUCUUUUGCGUUAUAUUUCCAUACUUAAACGUAGAUGAUAUAAUGGACAUUUCUACGCCUGUUCAGUUGCAUCAAUUUUCCAAAAACUCAGAAUUAAUGGUAUCUGCAAAUUGAAUGACGUUGAG